AUGUAUUUGAGAAAUUUCAGGUACGUUGGUCUUCUUCAGCGAUCCCGACACGUUCUGAUCCCACUAAUAGUGGGCAAAGCGCCGCUGGCAUUGUUGCCCUGUACUUCCAGAGGCUCUAUCCGAGCCUACUCCGAAAAGAAGUUAGUGAAUAUUUCAGGGCCAGAAACUCCAAAGAAGAAUAUUUGGGCAAAAGUCAAACAUGAAGCUCAGCAUUAUUGGGAUGGUACCAAACUUUUGGGUAUGGAGAUUCGUAUUUCUUCUAAAUUGUUGCUCAAGAUGGCUACUGGCUAUGAGUUGACCAGAAGAGAGUUUAAACAGCUAACUCGUACAACAAGUGAUAUCAUGAGACUGUUUCCUUUUGCCAUGUUUAUUAUAGUUCCAUUUGCUGAAUUGCUCCUUCCGGUGGCACUGAAAAUCUUUCCAAACUUGUUACCUUCCACAUAUGAAUCCAAGCUGGAUAAAGCGAAAAAGGCAAAACUCUUGAGAAAAACAAGAACAAAAGUUAGUGAAGUUCUUAGGAAUGCCAAGAGCAGUAUCAAAUUACCUUCUAAUGUUACCGAAGAGGAGAAAACGUUGUUUAAGGAGUUUUAUCAAGCAGUGAAGUCUGGAUCUAAUGAGCAAAUUUCUAGAGAGCAGUUGAUUAGAGUGGCCAGGAUGUUCAAGGACGACUUGGUUUUAGACAAUUUAUCCAGGCCCCUACUGGUUGCCAUCUCCAAGUAUAUCAAUUUGAAACCCUUUGGAACUGACCAAAUUCUCAGAUACAGAAUCAGACAUAAAAUGCUGAACAUCAAGAAAGAUGAUAGAGUGAUUAGUUACGAAGGAGUGGAUAGUCUGACUGCGCAAGAGUUGCAAGUUGCUUGUGCAUCAAGAGGGUUCAAGGUUCAUACUGUUCCUUCGGAAGAAUUGCGAAACUCUUUGUCACUAUGGUUAAAAAUGCGUCUUGAAGAUAAGAUCCCGUCCACGUUGUUGAUUCUAGCUUGUGCCUACGAUUAUGGGAAUGUUGCCACUACUAAUGAGAAUCUUUAUGAGAACUUGCAGGCAAUUCUAGGAAGUCUUCCUGAGGAGAUUUAUCAUGUCACUGAAUUGGAUGUGGAUGAUGACACUGUGACUCAUAAACAGAGGCUUAAUGUCCUGAAAGAGCAGGAGCAUUUGAUCAAAAGUGAAGUUAAUCAAGAGAAAGAUCAUAUCGUCCUGGUUAGAGAUGGGCUAAGUUUGGAUGAUGCAGAUGAAUCUACGGACCAGCAACUGAAGAAGGAUGAUAAAACUUAG